GCUGCACGUCCCGCUCCCCGGGCAGGCGGAUCCGGACCCCCCCGGCCCGGCAUGUUUGAGCGCCCGGAUCCGGCGUUUGCACCAGCCGCGGGGCUCCUGCCAGGGACGAGCCCGUGACUCGCGGCGAGGAGGGGACGCCAGCGGGCUCCGGCCAUGGACGAGGAGGGUGUGAAAGAAGAGGUCACAGAGAAACCAAAAUGUGCUCCGACCGCAGACAAAGCUGGCUGGAUUAAGAAAAGCAGUGGAGGGCUUUUGGGAUUAUGGAAAGAUCGUUACAUCCUGUUAUGUAAAACUCAGCUACUGGUGUAUGAAGAUGAGGAGGAACAGAAAUGCUUAGAAACAGUGGAACUGGAGAGCUAUGAGAAGUGCCAGGAUUUGCGUGCUCUCUUGAAAAGGAAAAACCGUUUCAUUUUAAUUCGAUCCCCGGGUAAGAAGGUCCAUGAUAUCAAAUUUCAGGGUCAGAAUGCAGAAGAGAAAGAAUCAUGGAUGAAAGCCCUGAAUGAAGGGAUCAGCAGAGCCAAAAAUAAAAUACUUGAUGAGGUGAAGGUAGAUCAGAGCCUUUCCUUGGAACAUGUGACUCGAGAUAGAGUGAAAGUGGGUCAUGGGCGCAGACCACCCACCAGAAUUCAUCUGAAAGAGGUUGCCAAGUCUACAUCGGAUGGAAUCUUGAGGCUGGAUCUGGAUAUAGUGGAUAAUGGCCCUCCAGACUUCACCUUGACUGUGAGCGAUAAUGAGAACGUCCCUCCUCCAAAGGAAACUCCAAAGCCACCUAUGCCUCCUGCAAAGCCCAGUAUCGUGUCAGAGAAGCCGAGUGCGGAUAACAGUAUUGCCGAUCAAGAGCUUAAAAAGCCUCUGUUGCCUCCAGCUAAGAAGUUGAAUGAGAGUACACCGUCAAAGGAUGAUCUGAACAACAAGGACGUGGGUUCAGUCAGUCAAGGUGAAGAGGGUGAAGAACCCGAAGCCUCAGCAGGGACCAGUGAAGAGAAUCUCAUGGAGGUCAGCGACAGCAGCACAGCAAAGCCUCCGAUUCCUCCUCCUAAAAUCUUAUCGGACAAGCUGAAAGGGAUCAGUUGGGAUGAACCAGCCCCUCACCCUCAAAGCACAGAUGGUUUGGAACCAUCCAAGGGUGGCAGUAAAGAAAACCUCACAGAGGUGCUCACAACGACUACCGUGAAACCUCCACUUCCUCCUAAGAUUUUAUCAGAAAAAUUGACAGCAAGUAUGGAUGCCACCCCGAGCAGUUUAGAGGCAAAGAGUUCAGAAGGCAAGGAGCCCCAUGAUUCCAGCCCCCGCAGGGAUGGAAUGGAAGAUGGGGAAGUGACAGAAUCCACUCCCCAAAAAGUAGAGCUUGAAGAAGGAAGUGAGAGAGCUUCUGCUGAGAAAGAAGAGCCGCAAACAAUACAGGAACAAAUAAAGACUUCCUUAGAUACUGAAGCAAAGCAGGAAAGUACAGAGGUUCCUAGUAAAGAGAAAACACUUUUACCACAGUCCGUAGCAAAUCCCUUGUCUCUCAGAACUCGCUGUGCAUCUCUAGGAGAGCUGCUGAAUGAAUCAAAAAAUGCAGAAAAAGAACUUUUGGGUCCAGGCUUCAGCAAGGAGCCCCAGUCCUGCCUGGCUAAAAUGGAGGAGAAAGUGGCUCACGAAAGGGAAAAGACAGAAAAACUUCUGCAAAAGGUUUUAUGCCAAGAGUUAGAACAAGCACAGGAGGGCAAUGGACCCCCAGUAAAUGCAGAGACAUUACUCAACGAGGCAGUAGAACAGCUUCGCCAAGCAACACAAGUCUUACAAGAAAUUAAAGGGUUCGGAGAACUGAAUAAGGAACCGACAGAGAAACAGAAACAAAAAGAAAAGCCAGAGGAUCUAGUAACUCUUUAUAGGAGAAGUGCUCCCUGAGAUAUACUUAAGACAACACUUCUUUCUUACAAUCAAGCUAAAAAUUUGCUAUUUACAACUUAUACCAUUGCUUGGCCAGUGUUAAAUAAGGUUGUGUUUUGCUAUGCACACACUGUGCAUUCAGAGCAGGGCAUUUCAGUUAUAAUUUUCUUUUUGUUCUAUCUUUAUGCCAUAUUCCCAUCCCUGAUCACAAUAGGAAGUUAGAGGACACUGAACAUCAGUUGGAAAAAUGUGAAUAUUCUUUAAGGUCUUGAUCCAAAGCUCAUUGACGUCAGAGGAAAACCACCAGUGGGAUUUGGAUUAGGCCCUAAAAAAAUACCCACCCCCACAACACUGGUAAUCAGACUAAAGGUCAGUUUUUCAAAGGAGGGCAUGGAUAUUCUAGCAGAA